AUGCCUUCUCUCAGCAACCUCGUCGGCCUCGCUGCCGCCGCCGCCGCCUCCGUCUCGGCCGCUGUCCUCCCUCGUGAUGGCACCGCUUCCAUCACCCCCCACGAGCAAUACUCCUCUUCCGUCGGCGUCAUCGGCUGCCACAUCAACACCAACCGUGUUGCCUACUGGCCCAGCCCCGUCGACUGCAACAACAUCUGCGUCAAGCUCACCUACCAGGGCCGCAGCAUCAACGUCCUCAAGAUCGACCAAUCCGGCGGAGCCUUCGACAUCUCCUACGACGCCUGGAACCAGCUCCUCUUCAACAAGCCUGCCACCGUCGAACCCCACCAGGGCGGCGGCACCAAUGUUCAGUGGCAGUACGUCGACAACAGCCAGUGCGCCAGCCUCCUCCACAACGGAAAGCUGCCCCUGUCUGCUUCCAACAGCAUCAACUAUGUCGCCAGCUGCCUUAACCAGCCCAACUCGUGGGUUGCCAAGAACUACGAGCUCAUCAACCUCCAGGACUCCGUGUGCCACUUCGGAUGGGAUGAGGUUUGCAAGCUCAACCUCUCAGUGAGCAACCAGCCUACCUGCCCUCACACGCUCGGUGACCCUCGCAAGAGCGGACUGACCGUCUACAACAUCCAAUACGGCACUGGUAAGGUUGUCGCGGCUGCGUAA